GAACCGGAAAUACGUAGUCUGUUGUAUUCCGCACACAUCCGCAGUUCUCUAGUGUUUGUAUUAAUGGAUGUUUAAGCAGUAUCUGCACACAUUGCGAGACGGCCUGGUUCGCGGAUCCAGUGCCUGUCCCCCCACUGCAGGAGGGUGAGUUUGGAAGAGUCUCAAAACGGAGCCGCCAGCAACAUUCGCGCAACAAUGAGCUCGGGACAGCCGAGCGACAAUGAGGAGCCGCGCGCUGAUCUGCUGCGCGAGGAGGAUGAGGACGAGGAGGACAGCGAUGAAGACAAAGGCUCCACGAGAACAUCAUCACCGCAAGAGGGCUGUGAGAGUGCCGAGGUGCAGGGCAGCUCGAGGCUCGAGUUGGCCGCAGACGGCGGGACGGGCUCGGGAUGCAGGAGCUCAAGCGCUUGCGACUCUCUGUUCUCGUGGAUUUGCAGGAGGACAAUCCGCAGGGGGCCGUUCGUAGACCCCGCGCGGGAUCACUUCCGUACAAUGACACGGCUUUAUUCGUCCAUGAGCCCUGCUACGGAUUCGGUGAACCUCACUACACAAACUCACGGGGCUGUCUUCAACUUGGAGUACUCCCCGGACGGGUCAGUUUUGACGGUCGCUUGUGAGCAGACUGAAGUGCUUUUGUUUGACCCUGUUUCUUCCAGACAUAUUAAAACACUGGUGGAGGCUCACGAGGACUGUGUGAACAACAUAAGGUUUCUCGACAACCGGCUGUUUGCGACCUGCUCUGAUGACACCACCAUUGCAUUGUGGGAUUUGCGGAAACUCAACUCGAAGGUGUGCACGUUGCAUGGCCACGCCAGCUGGGUCAAGAACAUUGAGUAUGAUACACAUACCCGCCUGCUUGUGACGUCAGGGUUUGACGGAAAUGUCAUCACCUGGGAUACUAACAGGUUCACAGAAGAUGGCUGUCCACACAAGAAGUUUUUCCACACGCGCUAUCUAAUGCGGAUGCGUCUGACUCCAGACUGCAGUAAGAUGUUGAUCUCAACAUCCUCUGGUUACCUGCUCAUCUUACAUGACCUUGACCUCACCCAGAGCCUUGAGGUCGGGAGCUACCGCAUCCUACGGGCCCGCAGGGCUCCGCUCAGCACAGAAGGCUCAUCAGCAGGUUCCAGGUCAGGUGGUUCUCGUCACACCAUUGACAGCAAAACCCAUCCACACAGAGAGGGUUUGUCACCCAGAAACAGUCUUGAGGUAUUAACCCCAGAGAUCCCGGGUGAGCGGGAUCGUGGGAACUGCAUCACCUCCUUGCAACUGCAUCCUAAGGGCUGGGCCACACUGUUACGCUGCUCCAGCAACAUGGACGACCAAGAGUGGACGUGCGUGUAUGAGUUUCAAGAAGGAGCUCCACCUCGACCACCAGUGUCUCCUCGCUGCUCUCUGCGUCUCACGCACUACAUCGAGGAGGCUAAUGUCGGCCGCGGCUACAUUAAAGAGCUGUGCUUCAGUCCUGACGGCCGCCUCAUUUGCUCGCCGUACGGUUACGGCGUGCGCUUGCUGGCGUUCGAUGAGCACUGCGCUGAGCUGACGGACUGCAUGCCUGUGCGGACGGCUCUGCUGCGGGAGGUCCGCUCCAUCUACUCUCACAGCGACGUGGUGCUCACCUCAAAGUUCUCGCCCACUCACUGUCAGUUUGCAUCAGGUUGCCUUAGUGGACGCGUAGCUCUGUAUCAACCACACUUUUAACACAUACAAAUUCAUUUGAAUUUACACUGAUCACUGAACUACAUCCUGCAAAUGGCAGAAGCUUUUGAUGCUGAUGGCGGACAAUGGGAGAACGAAACUACCUUAAAGGGAUAGUUCACCCAAAAAUGAAAAUUCUGUCAUCAUUUACUCCCCCUCAAGUUGUUCCAAACUUGUAUAAAUUUCUUUGUUCUGCUGAACACAAAGGAAGUUAUUUGGAAGAAUGUUUGUAACCAAGCAGAUCUCGCCCCCCAUUGACUACCAUAGUAGGAAAAAAAAUAUGAUGGUUGUCAAUGCGGGCGAGAUCUGCUUUAUUACAAACAUUCACACAAAAGUAAGAAUUUGGAAGAAUGUAACCAAGCAGAUCUCGCCCCCCAUUGACUAUCAUAGUAUUUUUUUCCUACGAUGGUAGUCAAUGGGGGGCAAGAUCUGAUUGGUUACAAACAUUCUUCCAACUAUCUUCGUUUGUGUGAAUGACUACUAUAGUAGGAAAAAAAUACUUUGGUAGUCAAUGGGGGGUGAGAUCUGCUUGGUUAUAAACAUUCUUCCAAAUAUCAUCCUUUGUCUGAACGUUUGUAGAAUGUUCGUAAUUAAGCAGAUCUCGCCCCCACAUUGACUACCAUAGUAGGAACAAAAAUACUAUGAUAGUCAAUGGGGGGGGGGGGGGGGGAGAGAUUUGCUUGGUUUCAAACAU